GUUAAAAAACUUUGGUUUUCUUGUUCCUCACAUGUCUGAGUUUGAGUAUGAACUACAAGAAUUGUUAAUUGAAAUUGAUAUGCUUAUUGAGAAAAAAAAGGAGGAGUGGGAGAAAGAUCUUCAUGCACUUGAAAAAAAGCUGUCCCUUCAGGUGUCUGAAAACAACAGGCUUCAGAGUCUUGUUUAUGAAAAAGAGAGGGAUCUACAAGAUGCUUUUCAGCGUCUUCAAAUGGUUGAAUCGAAAGAUUCGAGAAUGUAUUAUGAUAAACAAAUCGAGGAAUUAAGCACAAAGGUUGAUGCGAUGAAAGUUAAUUACAACAAUCUGCAAAGAAAAUACCAGAAGCAGUUAGUUGCAGAAAAAAAUGAUUUCUCAAUGCAUCUUCGCAAUCUAGAGAAGGAAAAUGAGGCUCUGAAAGCUGAUUACGAGAGAUUAAGACAAAAAAAUGAACAAAUCAUUUCAUCGUUGAAGCAGCAAGUGAUCGACCAGCAAAACAACUACUUCGAUAUUCAGAAACGGUAUAACGAGUUGCAAUCUCAAUUUGAAGUUAAACUACAAGAAGAAAUUAAUCAGAUAAAUAAUAACAUGAAAACAAUGAAAGAAGAGCAUCAAUCAAUUAUUGAUGAACUUAACAAACAAUUGAAUAAUCAUAAAACUACAAUUCAGCUUCAGGCUGAAGAAUUAAUGAUUACCAAAGCAUCAUUGGCAAAUAAAAAUUCAGAAAUUCAUUGUCUUUCACAUGAAACUGGAUUAAAGAAAUCGGUUUUGAAUAAUUCUCCGAAAUCGGUUAAACGUUUCGAUAAAACUGUAGCGAAACAUUUAAAUUUACUGUUACAUCGAAAGCACAAUUCAACACCUAAUAUAUUACUUAAAGAUGGAUCAAAUUUAUUAGUUGAUUCACUCUCAUCACGACAACAAUUACAUCAACCACUUGAUGAUCAAGAAGAAAUUAACCAUAAAAUUAAGUAUUUGGAAAAUCAACUAAACGAAGCUAAUAAUAUCCUCAUAGAAAAAAUGCUAGAAAUAAGUCGACUUGAAAAUGUCUGUCAAACAGCAUCUGCUACAAUUCGUCGUUUAGUAGAAUCCAAGGCAUAUCCGAAUGAACCAGCCAACAAGCCCUUAGAAUCGUUCAUUAAUGAAGCCCGUGAAAGGGUGGGAAACUUUGAAAAAAAAUUAUCUUUAGUCGAAAAGGAUUUAUCGGUUAAAUUGUCAAAAACGGUAUCUGAAAUAUGUCGACUUAAACAAUUUGUUCAUGAAAUUCAUGCGUUCAAAUCAUGUGAGAUAAAUCAGACAGUGAAAAAUGGUACUUCAGAUAUAGGUGUACAAACAGGUGAACAUUUAUUGCCUAAUGAUGAACUGAUCAAAGUUACACAACCUUUAACUUUCAAUGACAAACAGUCAAACAAUCGAACUUCAUCCAAUUUAUCAAUAAAUAUGAAAGAGUUGAAUAAAAAUCCCAGUAAUUUUUCUACUGAUCUCAAUUCAAAACUAAUUAUCAAUGAGUCAAAUAGUAAUUUCGAUUGUUUAUCCAUCAACAACACUGCAAUCGAUCGAUGUAAUGACCAAAUUGGAAUGGAAGUUGUUUUUCAAAUGAAUCAAUUGGAAAAAAACUGUUCCCAUGUUAAACAUGAUUUACACUGUAACAUCAGUUCAUUUGUCAAUUCUAUAGAUGUUUCUAAUGAAUCUAAGAAUAUUGAACAAUCGAUACAAACUACAUCGAACAAAUUGUUUGAAAUUAAUCAUGAAAAACAAAUUUUACCGUCUGAUAAAUCUGAUAUCGUUGGAUUAUGCAAACCAAUACCAUCAGCACGUUUUAAAUUGUUAUCAUCUUCAGUUCAAUGUUUCAAUCAUGAUAAUAUAAAUUCAAGUGGUAAUGAAUUAACUGAUGUAGAUAAACAUGACUAUGUUGUUUUAGUUGAACCGACAUCGGCGUUAUCAAUUUCUGAAAUGUUUCAGUCGCCUGAAAUCAAUACCAUUGUCAAUAAUAAUAAUAAUAAUAAUAAUAAUAAUAAUUCAUGCUUGAAUGAUCAUAAUGAUGCAAUUAGAAUUGUAUCUACAAGUAUUCCUCAUUGUUCUGUUUUCAAACAACACGGUACAUUUGUUGUUGAAUCCGAUAUCAAUGUUCAAUGUGAUCGUCAAUCAAUAAAUUCAUCAGAUGAAGCAAAAUCAUUAUUAUCAUUUGAAAAAAAUUCAAGACCACAAUUACCGUCACAUUGUUGUUCAACAUUAUUCUAUCAAUCUCAAAUGAAUUUGAAUAAAGAAGAUACAAGUGUUUAUAAUUUAGCUGCACAAUUUUUAAUUGAUGAACAAAAAUAUUCCAUAUUAUUAGAACAACAAAUUGAUGCCCAUUUAAAGUGUCUGCAAGAACAUGCUGAAAACAACAUUUGAAUGAAUCAUAU